AUGGUGUCGGCCCGCUGGAGCGUGGCGCUGGCGCUGGCGUGCGUGCUGGCGCUGUUCCUGACCGCUGCGGCGACGUUCGAGAAUCUCGACAUCCCCACGGACCCCGAAGUCACCGACUGCAUCUGUUCGUGGUCGGGCAUCAAGGACCGCUCGUUCUAUGACGUGGAGGCCAUGAUUCUGAGGGACUGCCCGAAAGUCCGCGUGAUCGAGGUGCCGCAGAACAGCAUGGUCACCAUGGACUACUCGCUCUCCAGGGUGCGGGUGUUCGUCGACGACGCGUCCCGGUCGGUCUUCGACAACGCGCGCUGCGGCUGA